AAGGAAUAAAAAUCUCUAAUCUAAAGUACUAACCGAAGAGAAGGCACCUGGAUUCUCUUCCCCGCCACCGGCCGUCGGAGCGGCAGGCGAAGGGUUUGUGAAUCCACAAGCUCAUCGGUGAAACCUGCGGCGUAUAAUUAACAUGUUCCCCCUCGUCCAGACCCAUCGCAAGGAAAGCGAAAACCUAGAUUUGCUUUAUCGGGUAUCAAACGGGAACUCCGAGCAAAUAAAACACAUUUCAAAAGAAGUCUGGAGGAAAGAGAUUGUCAUAGCCGCCUAGUAUUAGAAACAUAGUGGAUCAUAGCAGCCUAGGUUUUUGUUUGUACUCUAAAAAAAAUCGACGAGAUAAAAAAAAUGAGCUAGUAGCAUGCGUACGUCGCAAAGUUGCAAGACAAUACAAUCACCCACACAACAACCCAAGAGAAAUCCACACGGCGAUCGAUGGGCAGACGAUGAGAUACAUGCCAGUACAAGGCUAGGCGGCCGACACCCGAUUUAAACUACACAUUCUCCCCUCCCGCCGGUGACAUCAUAUCCUUCAAAUUUCAAGCCAGCCUUUGGAGAUUGGUUUCGUCUUCCUCCUCACCGUCGCCAUCACCAUCGGCAACCUUUGCAACAAGCCACCCCCUUCCUCCAGCCAUAUAUACCUCCACGCCUCCUCCUCGCCCUUCUCAUCUCCUCAUCGAUCAUUCCUAGCAAGCUCGCCCUCUCUCGAGAAAACAGAAGGCUCUCCUCUCUCUCUCACGGAAAACAGAAGGCUCUCCGGCUCUACUCCCCCGAGCUCUACACCCCGGCCUCUGCAUCUCUAAUGGGGGAGCACGCGUACGACCACAGCAGCAGCAGCGGGGGCGGCAUGAGCCCGUCGACGCCGCCGGUGCAGCAGCGCAGGGGCCUCUCCCGCCACGCGACGGCGCCCAGGGCCACCACAACGCGGCCGGCGAUAAGGAUCAUCCACAUCAUCGCGCCGGAGAUCAUCAAGACCGACGUCGACAACUUCCGGGACCUCGUGCAGCGCCUCACCGGGAGGCAGCACCACCAGCCGGCCGACGUCACGGCGAACGACCGCGCGGCAGUGACGGUGGGCGUGGCGACCACGCCGCCGUCGCCCGUAGAGGAGAAGCCGCAGCCGCAGAAGAAGAGGCUGGCACCAGCGCCGGCGCUGGCGGACGAUUUCGUGGCGCAGCAGGAGAACAAGAGGAGGAAGAAGAUCAAGUGCGAGGUGGUGAAGGUGGAGGAAGGAGGGUUGGGCUACGGCGGCGGCGACCUCGACUUCAGCGAGCUGUGGAUGGAUCUCAACCCCGGGGGCUUCCUGAGCUUCUUGGAGGAGGACGUGUUCCAGGGGAUGAUGGCUCCUGACCUGCUGCAGCAGCCGCUGGGGGCGCCGAGGAUGGAUUUAGUUGGUGAAAUGUGCGCCUCCUUUCUGGCUUAGUUAGUUAGCCAGAGCUGUUCUUGUGAUCUUUAUCUUGUUUUUGUGAGAAUUUUUUGCACUUUGGUUGAGAGAAAUGGAUUCUUUUCUCUCUUUCACUAGAUGAACAUAUUUACAGUGGUCUUGAAAGAACUUGCGCCCAUGGUUGCAAAUACUAGUAGUGAUUAUGUAAGCCUCCCUGGUGGGAUGAUGAUCAAUGAUCAUCCAAGGAAUAUGAUCGGUUUGGGUGCCUA